AUGUCUGAUUGCGAUCUCCGAAAGCCCUCAUGUAACCGCUGUACGAGUCUCGGGAGGGCGUGUCCGGGUUACGCGGAUCCGUGGGCCGUUGUGCAUCGCCAGCAGAACGCAUCGGCGGCUCACCAGGUCCAGGUUAGGGUCGCCAAACGACUGAAGGAAAGAGGCGCAUUUGACCCAGCGUCAUCAAUUCUGGAAGUCGACGAAGAGGGAACCUCCCCGGACUCAGUAGAGGAAGAGGAAAUUCAGAGGAGGCUGCGGACCGUACCGAAAGCCUUUCAAGUCGAUUCCGAGCUCAUCUCACUUAACCACUUUUACUCCAACUAUGCAUCCGGAGGCGAGGUCGCUUUAUUCAACCUCUUCCCCAGCAUGAAGUUGUCGGCUGCCUCAUCGCCUGUUUUGCAGGAGGCUCUCAAAGCCACGGCAUUAGCCAGCUCCUCUUUACAGAUGUGCCAGGCAGGCUUGAUGGCUCAAGCGCGGCAACACUAUGGCAAGGCGAUUAGCAAGAUUGGCGGCGCACUGAAAGAUAACUCGACAGCACAAGACGACUCGGUUGUUGUCGCAUUACUCACUCUCGGCCUCUUCGAGGCAAUAGUACCGGAUACAUCACCAAGGAAGAUAACAUCGCAUUGUCGAGGUUCUCUCGCACUCUUGAGGUAUCGAGCAGAACAGGGUGUUGCCACAUCACUCGAUAAGGGCCUACUUGCGUUUGUGGUUCACCUGGGGAUGCUCGAAAUAUUCAUCGGCCAGGAAGGUCGAUCACCAGUUCUAGUCGGCUUGAAACAAGCAGCAUGGGCGAAAGACGGCAUGGUUGAACCGCUGCUCGUUCGAGCUAUCGACUACAAACACAUGAUCCAGCACGUGCUAUCAUCGGCAGAUAUCGAACGAGCAUCCGUCAGCCACGUAACAGAGAUCUUCCAGAUAGGUAUCGACAUCAUACGCGACAUAGAAGCAGCCGCGAACUACAGAAUCUUAUCCCCUGGGCCCCGGAAUAAACCCGGACCUGACGGCGCUGUCGACGAAGACUUGAACUCUUUCAACCACUUGUUGGGCCGUAAAUCGGACGCAAGCGAUGCGAUAGCGAAAGGUCUUUACCUCACCAUCAGACUACACCUCAUCGAGUACAUUCUAAGCUUAUCAAUUGCUCUUGGAGAACCGACGCGUGAAGAGUUGAAGACGCUCGUCAACCUCCCUCAUGGACUGACGGCGAUGGAGCAAGUUUGCGAGCAAAUCCGUAUUGUAUUCGGAUUCGAUGGCAGAGAUUCAGCCUGUACCAUACAGGGCGUUGGAUUCAAUGCUUGGUGUAUGUUCUGGCCUAUGAUAGCCGUGCUCAAGUCGGCUUUUGCCGACAAAGAGACGAAGAUGUGGAUCAUGGACAAGUGUAUGGCGGUAAGCCAGGCGUCAGGCUUUGGGAUGGCGAUGUACCAACAGGGUUGGUUCGAAACAGAUGGUGCCAAGGAUUAG